AUGUCCCCGGAGUAUAUAGUGGGAGGAACAUUUUCAGAAAAGUCAGAUGUCUUUAAUUUCGGAGUUCUGAUUCUAGAGAUCGUCAGCAGGAAAUGGUCAGAGAUUGUGGACGAGGCUUUGGGUGAUCUGUAUUCCCCAUUAGAAGUGAAGAAAUGUGUACAUAUUGGACUGUUAUGUGUUCAGAAUAGAGCAAUAGAUAGGCCAACAAUGACUGAAGUGGAUCUCAUGCUUAUCAGUGAAACAGAUCGUCCAUCUCCAAAAGAACCUCCAUAUACUUUCCCAGCAUCAUCAGUUAAGCGAGAUUCGAAGACAACUGGCUGCUCAAACAAUUAUGUCACCAUCACGGCAGUUGAAGGUCGAUAG